AUGAAAAAGAUUAAUGAUAAUAAGAGUUCUGGCGGAAGAGUUGAAUUAGAAGUGAAUGAUGUUAAUGAGAAAUUAGCCGAAAAAGCAGAUAAAAACCACGUUCAUUAUAUAACUUCAGACGAACAGAUUAUAACGGACUACCAUGGAUAUUUAACACGAAGUGAUGAAGCGAAGACAAAAAAUGUUAAUGAAAGAAGAUAUAAAUACAUUCGUGCUAAAGGUUAUGACAUAAGCUGUACUGUACAGUAUGACACAGGUAAAGCACCAGAAGCAUUUAGUUAUAACGAUGAAAUUUAUGCCUCUACUUUCUCUGUUAAUGGUGUAUUAGUUGAACCAAGAUUUAUGUUAAGAGUUAAGUCAAAAAUAACGUUUGAAGAUGCUAUUAAAAGUAAAGCUGACAAAGUUGAACUCGAAGCAAUGAACAAAGUUUUGAAAUCUCAUAAACACAACAUCUCCGAUAUAAAUGAACUUCAAACUUCUUUAGACAGUAAAGCAGACAAGAACCAUACACAUAAAUCCUUCACUACUGUUAGAGCAGACGACAUAAUAUUGAACUUUGACCUUGGUUCAAGUGCACCAUUAGAAAAUCCAAGUACAAGCGUAAAAGAUACUCUUAACAGUUUAGAUAACAGUUGCAGGAACAUUGAAAGUCAUGCCAGAAACUUUGAAGCAUAUGAACUACCAGCAAUGUUAGAUAAGAAAGCAGAUAAGAACCAUACACAUAAAUCCUUCACAACUGUUGCUAUAGAAAGUAUUGAAGGAACGGUUGGCGGAACUGGUGGGGAUGCAUUAUAUUGUAAACCUCCUAACUUUCCACAAGGUUUAACAUCGGAUGACGACAUAACGACGAUGAGAAACAUUAGAU